GCAGAAACUCAAGGGAUCAGUGUUGCACUUUUCCUAUAGGAUUAAGCAGAUCUUCCUUUGCUCUUGAAUAGAGGCAGGGAACCUACCGUUGCCCGGCCCUGAAGGCCCAGGGUGCCCUUUUGAUCAUUUCAGUCUCUCCUUGGUGCAAUACUUCUGAUUGGCCAAGAGACUAAGAAGGGGGAAAAUCUUUAAUUAAGCAGAUAAUCUCUUGUUGGGACAAGAGCAGCUCCAUUUCAGAGCCCCCUCCUUGAAUCUUGGAAGCCCUGGUGAAGUUUCAUGUGCUGGUAGCUCAGUUUCCUCUCCAUCGUUUGACUGUCUGCAGGCUUUGGACAGGCUCAGUCAUCCCUCUCACCUGUCAGGAUGUUCAUGCAUUUGGAGGUUUUCUAUUAUAUUUUCAUUCUCCUGGCUCACAUGAGGUCGUACUGCUGCUGGUCAGUGAAUAAUUUCUUGAUGACUGGACCCAAGGCAUACCUGAUCUACUCCAGCAGUGUGGCAGCUGGAGCUCAGAGUGGCAUAGAGGAGUGCAAAUACCAGUUUGCAUGGGACCGCUGGAACUGCCCCGAAAGAGCCCUGCAGCUGUCCACACACAGCAGCCUGCGCAGCGCAAAUCGAGAGACAGCAUUCGUUCAUGCCAUCAGCUCGGCUGGAGUCAUGUACACUUUAACCAGGAACUGUAGUCUCGGAGACUUUGACAACUGCGGCUGUGAUGACAGCAGGAACGGACAGCGAGGUGGACACGGUUGGCUCUGGGGCGGCUGCAGUGACAAUGUUGGCUUUGGCGAAGCCAUCUCCAAACAGUUUGUGGAUGCCUUGGAGACUGGUCAGGAUGCACGGGCAGCCAUGAACCUCCAUAAUAACGAGGCUGGACGCAAGGCUGUGAAGGGGACCAUGCAGAGGACAUGUAAGUGCCACGGGGUGUCAGGAAGCUGCACCACUCAGACCUGCUGGCUGCAGCUGCCAGAGUUCAGGGAGGUGGGGAACUACCUGAAGGAGAAGUAUCACAGAGCUCUGAAGGUAGAUCUCCUCCGUGGAGCCGGGAACAGUGCGGCCAGCCGGGGGGCCAUCGCUGAGACAUUCAGCUCCAUUUCACGCAAGGAACUGGUCCACCUCGAAGACUCCCCCGAUUACUGCUUGGAAAACCGCACUCUGGGCUUGCCAGGCACAGAGGGCCGCGAGUGCCUCAAGAAGGGCAAGAGCUUGAGCAAAUGGGAGAAGCGGAGCUGCAAGAGGCUGUGUGGAGAGUGCGGGCUGGCUGUGGAGGAGCGCAAAGCUGAGAUGGUGUCGAGCUGUAAUUGUAAAUUCCACUGGUGCUGCGCGGUGAAGUGCGAGCAGUGCAGAAAGACAGUGACCAAGUACUUUUGUGUAAAGAAAGGAGGUCAGAGGGGACGGAACGAGAGCGCCAGUACCCGCCGGAAGAACCUCAGACUGAAGAAGAAGCACUGAGCAUCUUCCUUACUUCUCCCCUGCUGUCAUCAUAUUCCUACCACUGCAGCUCCUGUCAACACCCAAACUCUGUACAUGUUCAUAUAGUGUGUGUUUGGACAAAAAAGAAAACAAUUUCAGAACAUCUUUAUUGUUAAUUUUGUAUUAAAAGUUAAAGACAGUGGGAAAUGCAUAAAGCCACAUGAUAGAGAAGAUGAGAAGGGGAGGUUUUACAACUUUGUGGAGUUUUUGGUACAAAUAUAUUUAAGAUAUAUUUUUAUACUUUUUUCAACAUUUUGAAAAGUCACUGGGCAUUUCAACAGUAUUUCUCUGACUUCAAAAUUCUCCACAAUGUGAUUUAUUUAUUUCAAAUAUACACAAAAACUUUGGGGAAAAAUUAACCAAUUAUUAGUUUCUGAGUAAUGGAUGACCUGACUAUUCAGCAAUGACAGAAUUAGCUUUUAAAAUCACAAUUUUCAAGAAACCCUUCAGGUUGUAUUACCAUAAAUGCAUAAUACCAGCCUAGCAGUAACAUUUCUAUAUUUCAACUAUCACUGCCAAGGUUUGAAUUUAUUUAGACAUAUUGUGACAUUUUGGGGGACAGUCUGCUCCCGUCAUCUGGCUCGCCCUGACCUUUGCUGCCCUCUUGAUGUAUUUAAUUGUAUAUAAAAUGAAGCACUUUGUACUGUACAUUGUUAAUUUAUUGCACAGCAUUU